CUGAAUUUGACUCUCCAGGAAAGUUGGAAUGACUUACAAAUUGGAAUACCUUUCUCGAGAUCAUGCAAUGAACGUACUGCAUUUCACUAAGACUAUUCGGUAAUUAUACUUACUUGACUUUUCUUUGAGGGAUUGUUGACUUGGACGUACGAUGGUGCGAGUGCUGAAUCUGUCCAGUCAAAACUGGGAACCAGUUUGAUACUUGCUAUCUCUGUUGUUGCUACAAGUCAAUGUUGCCAAAGCACAUUGGAUUCAUCUUCAAGGAGGCGGCGAAGAUUGGAAGCCGCUGAUCUUUCUUGCUCUCAAGUCAACUUGAAGCUAACCACUCAAGCUCCAGCACUCAACAUAUUUUUUUAGACGAUAUAUGAGCAUUGCAUUGGCAUACAUCUAUAACAUCAGACACCAAUUCCCACCUCGGAGAUUGCUUUCAAUUCAACUGGCCACUGCUCCACUACUCGUUCUUGAUCAGCUCGUCGGUGACUCGCCGGCGGCGAAGGCGUUCCUCCCGCUACUCUUCCCUCCGCUCCUGCUGCGCUACUUCGCUGCAGGCGGCGCAGGCUCGAGCGCCAGGGCCAGGCUCCCUCCGUCCCCGCCGGCCGGGCUGCCGCUGAUCGGCGUCGGCCACGCCCACCUCGUCGGCGCGCUCCCGCACGUCUCGCUGCGCCGCCUCGCCGCGCGGCAGCGCGGGUGCGCGGACCUCAUGACAGUCCGCCUCGGCGCCGUCGACCCGACGCUGGUGGCCUCGUCGGCGCACGCCGCGCGGGCCGUGCUGCGCACGCACGACCAGGCGCUCGCGUCGCGAGCGCGCUCCGCCUGCGUGGACGUGCUCACCUACGGCCCGUCCGACGUCGUGUUCGCGCCCUACGGCGAGCGGUGGCACCGGUCCAAGCGCCUGGUCACUACGCACCUGCACAUGUUUGCAGCAGGCACGGACACGACAUACCUGGUCCUAGAGUUCACCAUGGCAGAGCUCAUGCUGCACCCGGAAGCCAUGGCCAAGCUACAAGCUGAGGUGAGGAUGUUGAAUAUCUAGUCAUUUUGCGACAUGCUUUCAUCCAUAAAAACGGUGUAAUAGAUACUAACAUGAAUAUGAGCAUCUCAACAUAAGUAUAAACAUUCUCUGCUGUACUACUGAACAGAACAACAAGUAGCAUAGUAUUAAUCAAAUGCUUAAUCAGAGAGGAUGUAGGUUUAUACUCUUGGGUGGACUCAGUACCGGUGCCCGCGGUAUGAGCUCUACCAGAACCACUUUCAAUGUUGGUGCCGGCAGCCGUGCCCACAGUCCCCCUCAUCUGCACCACCAUGGCAGCGACGGUUGGAGGAGUGGCGUUUGUCGGUGAAGAGCGGAAGGAGCAGUCACACCUGAAGGGGCGCUCCCCCAAAAACUUGAUCGCCCGCCUACUCGUGCAGGUACACCGACGGACGGAGUUCCGGAGUCCGCAGAGAGCUCAGGCCAGAGAUGCAGAAGCUUAGUGCAAGUCAGAAAAGGUAGUGGAGAAGUGUGUAGUGUACACCAGACAUGGCGCCUUCCCCCUUUUAACCAUGUUCCAGAUCUUCCCGUUACUCCCUGUCGGGGGGAUGAACCUGGACACGGCCCGGCCAGCCAGCGUACGCCAGAUCUUGUAAUUUGCCACACCAUCUUGCAGGGGCGGCAGUUUCAAUGACGCAGCAAAGCUAGCACUU